UUCGUUUUGUGAGCUCGAGAGAGUUGUGAUAGAAAUCUAUUUCAUUUCCAUGAGUUCUAAAUUAAGCUUAUAUUAUUUUUAUUCGGUUAGAUCACACCUAUUAUGAAGAAUGGAAUGUACCCAUUUGUUAGAUAACGUCAAGGUGGACAGCGACCUCAUCACAGAAGACACCUCAGUCACAAAGAACUGGGAUUGUUCAGAAUGUGCAGCAAAGGAUCAGAAUUGGUUGUGCCUACAGUGCGGGGUGGUGAACUGUGGCCGGUACGUGAAUGGGCAUGCAAAGCUACAUGCAGAGACUUCGGGCCAUCAGCUGUGCAUGAAUUGUGAUGUGUUCUCGGUUUAUUGCUACAAAUGUGAUGACUAUGUAUCAAACGACACAGAAACACAAUCAAUAGACAAAAUAAGGCAAAGUAUUAUGCAAAUAAGGAAUGUGACCGACACAAAUAACCUAGGUAAUGAGGAAAACAGUAAAGAUGGCAGUGAACCGAACAGCUGUUCCUCCACCUCCUCAUUGCAGGAGCCUUCUUCUAGCAAGGAAAUCAAGGGUGCGGACACAACAGAAGCACAGGAGAGCUUGGAUACAGACAAACGGACUAAAAAUACCAAGACGCCAGAAGAAACAGUGCGAAGCUUAAGACCGCGUUCCCGUAAACGAUCUCACUCGGACGACAGCAGCUCGGCGGAGAACGGCGCCAAGAGCAAGGAGAAGAAGGGCUCGCCCUGCAACGGCAAGACUCAGAGGGAGAAGAAAGUCGUAGGAUUAAAAAAUUUAGGCAACACAUGUUUCAUGAACGCGGUGCUCCAGAGCCUGAGCAACAUCCAGGAGUUCAGCUGCUACUUCAGCAGUCUGCCCGUCCUGGAGCCGAAGACCAACGGCCGCAAGGUGUACCACUCCCGCAGCUACACGCGCCAGGAGAUGACGGACGUGGUGAUGGCUGAGGAGUUGCGGAAGGUGCUGAUAAACCUGAACAGCGGGUGCGGCAGCAAGGGUGCCAUAUCCCCGGAGUGCCUGUUCCUGGUGAUAUGGAAGGUGGUGCCACGUUUCCGCGGCUACCAGCAGCAGGACGCUCACGAGUUCCUGAGAUACAUGCUCGACAGAUUACACACGGAGCUGCUUCAACUGCUGCCGCCGGCGCGCGUGGAGGUGGGGCUGCCGGCCGCCUCCAUCGUCACCGCAGUCUUCGGCGGCACCCUGCAAAGCGAGGUCCGCUGUUUAGCGUGCGGUGCGGAGAGCAAGAAGCUGGACCCGUUCCUGGACCUGUCGCUGGAGCUGCCCGACGCCGCCUCGCCCGUGCCGCUGCUGGACUGCCUCGCCAGCUUCGUGCAGGUUGAAGAGUUAGCGGACACGGAGCGUUACUUCUGCAGCAGCUGCGGCAGCAAACAGAAGUCUACCAAGCAGUUCCGAGUGCGGCGUCUGCCGCAAGUGCUCUGUUUACACCUCAAGCGGUUUCGCUGGCACAACUACUUUAGGACGAAGGUGGACACGGGCAUCUCGUUCCCGCUGCGCGCGCUGGACAUGUCCCGCUUCGUGCUGGAGCGGCGCCGCGCCAUGCUGUACGACCUCGCCGCCGUCAUCGUGCACCACGGCUCCGGCGCGGGUUCGGGGCACUACACCGCGUUCGCGCACAACUCCGGGCAGUGGUUCCACUUCAACGACCAGACGGUGCGCGCGGCCGACGCGGCCGCCGUGCAGGCCUGCAAGCCCUACAUCCUCUUCUACAUCCGCCAGGACCAGGAGCUCUCCUGACUACCCUGUCUCCCCCUACCCGUCACAGACGAGUGCCCGAGGCGCAGGUGCCGUGAGUUGAAAGUUGCAUAGUAGGUAGUUUCAACAAAAACUUCCACAUGAUCCUUAACUCACUAUGUAUAUGCGUAAAUACGAGAGACGCCAGAAAUACGUGCCCGAAGCGUAGAUGCCGUGAGUUUGAAAAUUGAAUAAAAAAUCGGCCCUCUAUGAAGUCCUUUAGCGUUCACAUGGGAGUCUCACGUCGCGUGUGCGAGCGGGGCAUCGCUAUAUACGUGCAUAGCGCUGUCUAUCUCAAACACCGGAGCGGCUUGCAGAUCCGUAUCAGUGUGAUAACCGCGUAUAGUACAACUAAUAUCGGGUAAACUUCAGCUGAUAUUAGCUCGACUAUAUUUACAUGGUCCCGAGGAUUUCAGUGAUCUAUGGACUGUAGAAAGUUUAAUAAAAUGUUAUUGGAAAAGUAAAUAUCGUGCCUACAAAAUAGCAUUCACUAGAACGUUCACCGUUUUGUGGUAUCACAUCUAUUUAUCGUCUUAACUAUGAGAAAUAUAAACGAAUUCUUGAGUAGCAAAAUGUUUAAUAGGUCUAAAAAUUAAUCGGUGCGAUAGCCAAACUACCGUCAACUACUUACUAAAUGAAACGUCUUUUGAAUUACAAAUUACAGACAAAUUACAGACAGACAACGGGACAGCUGAAACCAAAUAAAAGCUUGUAAAAAAAACAGCUUGGGUCAAAAGUAUGUACUACGCAAAUAUUUUGUAGCUAGCUUUGAAAAUAAAUUAUUUCUACUUAAUUCAAAUAAAUUCAAGCGAAUAAAUUAAAUCGUAAAGACUAAAAAAUCAUCAUUGUAUAUUACUUUGAAAAAUAUGUAUGUACAUAUAUGUAGUUCUAUUGUUUAGUCAACGAGGUUCUGUGAGUGAGUUAAUCGCAGUGGAUAAAAACGUUCAUCACUCUAGCACUUAUACUCUGUAUAGUUAGGUAUUUAAAUAAAAGUAAACAAAAUCUACCCUCAAAUGGCUCCUUAAGCGAGUCAUAGUGAACCUUGUCCGAAUGCACGAAGGUUGAUAUUGGUCUGUAGCUUCGCGCGUGAGUUAACGUCUUGGCGGUCAAAGGGUGAAGCAUUAACGAUAUAAUUUUAUGAAUGUGGUGAUUUGAUAUUGAGCCGUUUGUUUUAUACAUUUACCAGUAACCUAAAUUUUCCCAGUCAUAGGCUAUAAAAUUGUAUAGAAUCAGCAAAAUAUAAAAGCAUAUUAGACAGGUGACCUUCGAUCGUAAAUAAAUAAAUUACCCUAUAGUUCGUUUUUUUUAGCAUUAGAAAAGGACCACGCGGUCUUGACGUGUCUUUUAAUUGAAAACGCUUUUUAAAAAUCAGUAACUAUUACUUAUGAAAGCAAAAAAUAUUAAAUAAUCGUAUAUGAUUCAUAAUCGUUACAUAUUUGCCGUGACUUAUUUUUCAAAAGUGUUUAUCAAUAAAAAGACACGUCAAGAUUAUUUACCUUUUUUCUAACGCUAAUAAAACGGACUAACUCAAUAUUGGAUAAAUUAAACAACAUUUAAGCAAUAAUACACACUCCAUCUGUCAGUGCUAUACAAGCAUUUAAGAUCAAGAUCUAUAUAAUGUGUUAAGUUGUAGUUAUAGAGACAAAUACUCAAAUAAAAAUAGUCUAUGCAGUUGUUUGAAAGUCGACUUUAAAAUAAAUAUAAUAAUUAUGAAUUUGGAGCUUAUGUAUUAUGUAUUAUACACAAAUUAAGAUCCAUCGGAUUCAAAUUGUGAUUUCUCUAUAUAUAAUGUGAUGCCAUGAGUGCAUUUUGCAGUAUCAGAGAUGAGUAAAUUAUAGAAACUGCUAAUCUGCUUUCCUCCGAAAUAAACGUUUUGGUUGUAAACGCACUUUAACGAUGUUUUACACUUAGACCCAUGUAAAGCCUGACCAGUAAAUAAUAUAUGAUCACUGUCAAGAGGGCGCUGUUAUUCUCAUGUAUAAAGUGACAGUUCGGUAUAGUAUGAAAAAAAUUGUUCCAGUGAAAUUCCGCAACAUGGCGCGUGAUCAUAGAUUCCUUGUCAGGCUUUACUUUGUAUGGCUUUUUCUCGCCUGUUAUAAUCUGUCGACAGAACGCAGCUUUGUAUGAAGAUAAGUAGUCUAUAUAAUAGACUUGUCUCUGAUAGUAUAAUAAGUUUUUGUAUGAAUACCAGCGGUAUUAAGCUUGUUUAUAGUUAGGGGCAAUGGUCGUAUUGGCCGUGGAUUCAGUUUUACAUAUGGAUUUUACAUUCCUGUGACAUUAGCUAUACGCAGGUACAGUCAACCAAUUUGAAUUCUGUACAGUUUGCUUACACUGUUUGCCAUUAUGUCAGUAACGUGAAGAAAUGUAUUCAAUAUUUAUGGCAUUUACUACAUGAUGUAACAGAUCUCCCAUAUAUAGUUAGUUUUUUAGUAUUAGAAAAAUACUCCUUGAUCUUGACGUGUCAUUUAAUUGAAAAACGCUUUUUUAUUAGUAACUAUUAGGUACUUAUGAAAGCAAAAGAAUGUAACUAAUCGUAUAUGAUUCAUAAUUGUUACAUAUUUGCCGUGGUUUAUUUUUCAAGUGUUUUUCAAUAAAAUGACACGUCAAGAUUGUUUACCUUUUUUCUAAUGCAAAAAAACUACUUAUAGAUGAAAAAACCAUAAGAGAUGUUUUUGAUAACUAAGAUGCAUCCAAAACUCCCGAAUAUUCCAUGCUAUACAUAUAUUAGCUAGAUCUGGAUGCAUUUAUAAGUAGAUGGGGUGGGCGACACUGUUUGUAACAACUUUUCUUCUUUGACUUUAUACAUCUAGUUUAUUAUAGGUCUUUUGUAUUUUCUAUGUACUUAUUUCAUAUUCGUUGAUAUUGUGAUACAGAAUUCAAAUCCUGACCUUGGAAAGAUCACGAGCUAUAGUUUAUAUUUAUGAAAUCAUGUGUGCCGCGUUCGCGCAAUUCCCUUUGAUGUAUAAUUUGCCGGGUACCUUAUGAGAAUAAUGUUUAAGGUUUAUUUUAAUUUACCUAAGUACUUCAAUUACUGGAAGUUGAUAGUGAUUGAAUUUAAUAAAUUCGCCAAUGAAAUGA